UGAUAGUACAAAAUAUUUUAUAAAAUGUCUCAUGUAAAAAAAUACACUCUUGUUUCUCCUCACUUUCCAAUUCCAUGAAAGCAAAUCAGAGAAGAAAAAACUGAAGUAACCAUUGUUUGUUAUAUUUUGUUUUAUCAAACAAACAGAACCUUUGUUUGUAUCCGCAAAUUCAUCAUAGCUUCACGAAAUCGUUGUUUCUUCUACCGCGCCUGUCACAAAGGGAACAAACUAAGUUUCGCGUAACUUUUUCGACACACUAGAUCUGCCGAUUCAGAGCACCGUCAGCAGCCACCGUGUAAGGCAGAAAACCUUUCCUUUGCUUUGUCAACACUUUGAAGACAAAAACCGCUCCAUUUCACAAUGCAAGAGUUAGAGCAAUGGAAGGAACAAGCUUCUCACCUGUUGAAUGUGGCUAAUGAUUAUCUUCGCGAGGUUCCCCCCAAUCAGCUCUAUGCCGCUGCUGCUAUUGCUGUUUUCACAACUCUACUUCUUUUAUUGCGGUUUUUGAAGCGCACCAAGUCUAACACCAUUGUGUUGACGGGACUUAGUGGGAGCGGGAAAACCGUUAUCUUCUAUCAGCUUAGGGAUGGCUCUACUCAUCAGGGUACUGUUACAUCAAUGGAACCUAAUGAAGACACUUUUGUUCUUCAUGGGGAAACAACGAAGAAGGGAAAGAUAAAACCAGUUCAUAUUGUUGAUGUUCCUGGACAUUCUCGUCUUCGACCCAAGUUGGAUGAAUACUUGCCUCAAGCAGCUGGCAUAGUCUUUGUUGUUGAUGCUUUGGACUUCUUACCAAAUUGCCGUGCUGCCUCAGAGUACCUAUAUGAUCUGUUGACCAAGGGAAGUGUUGUGAGGAAGAAGAUUCCACUGCUUAUUCUCUGCAACAAAACCGACAAAGUCACUGCUCACACCAAAGAAUUUAUCCGCAAACAAAUCGAGAAAGAAAUCGAAAAAUUACGGGCAUCGAGAAGUGCAGUUUCAGAUGCUGAUGUUACAAAUGAGUUUACUUUGGGGGUGCCCGGCGAGCCAUUUUCCUUUACACAGUGCUCUAACACAGUUACAACUGCAGAUGCUUCUGGUUUAACUGGGGAGAUAUCUCAGCUAGAAGAGUUUAUCAGAGCACACGUGAAGCCAUAGCUGGAUGUUUAAACAAAUUUUUCUUAAACUAAAUCCAUUAUGAAUGGGGUUGUUCCUUUUGGUUUUUACAUCUUAAAACUCAACACAGGUUGGACUAAGAAACUAGGAAGGGCAUGUUCAGGGUAGGAAUCACUAUGUUGGGAUCAAUGAGGAUAGAAUUCAUUGGAAGCCCUGGAAUGUUGAUUGGAUUAUAAUGAUUCAACUAUUAUUUGUCCCAGUACUUGCAUUUGCUUUAUAUAUUCUUAAAUAUCAACCAUUGUCCGGGCAUUUGUUCGUCCCGACCUCAGCUUUAUUUUCAUAA